AUGGCUUGCUCUUUAUCAUCUUUGUGUAGCUUAAACCAAGCUUUUUGCAGGCAUAAGUUCUUCCAAUACCCCAAAAUAAGAUCCCAAAGUUUUAGGGACAAUGGGAAGCCAGCAAACAUUGUUGAUGCAAACCUGAGUGUCUUAAGGGAAAGAAUUCAACAAGUGAGAAAAAGGGAAAAGCUUAUACAUACAUGUGGGUGGAAUUAUAAGCAUAAUUAUGACCCUAAGUACAGGAGAGAUUCUAUGAUAUCUCAGGCUGCAGAGAUUAUGGGUUUGGCAUGUGGUGCAAUUGGGCUUGUCUUUCUUAUUGGUUCUCUUAGCAUCUGCCUCGUGUCCUUCCUUGUUUAUAUAUGCAAGUGAUAAGAUAUCUAAGAACCAUAUCCUCUUGUUGUCUGUAUCUUCUGUAUUAUUUGGAUUAAUUUUUAGGGUAGAAUCAUAUGUAUUCAUAGCCUAGAACUGAUAUAAUCCGUGGUUUGAAGAAGGGCUUCUUAUCAUGUAUUA